CGCAAAUUUAUGAAAACACCAGGUUACAGCAUCGCUACAAUUUUUGAUGCGAAAUUCCCAGGAAAGCUUGAUGACACCUUAAUAAAUAGGCUGUGCUUGUCAGUAGUAUGCCAGCAUGAAUUUCACACUGAUUUUUGGUCCACGUUGCCAGUCAGUGAAUGGCAUCUUAUGUCGAAACACGCUUCUCGAUGGGACAUUGAUUGGGAUUACACUACUGAAUUGCAUAUCAUUCUGAAAGCUGCAGUGUCUCUUUCCUUUCGCUAUGGUUAUAUUUUCGGAAAUGGGGAUUUCGGCCUCCAUCACGUCGUGUCAUAUGCUCUCGAUAUAUCCAACAAAAAUGUCGAUAUUACACUCAUUGAGACGUUAGCUAAUUGUUUAAAAAGUCUUCGUUCUAUUACAGACAUUAGCUAUAUAUCUUGGAUCAAUUCUUCGAAAGUCCUUAAGCUCCUUCAUGGUCUAUCUAAGGAAACAAAUUUCCAUGUUUUCAAGAAUACCGUUAUCAUAUGUGCAUUUAUUUUUCUUCAUCUUCUUGUAAAUAACAAGCUUGAUGCUAGCCAAGAGCCUUUCAAUGAAUGUGUUCAACUGUCAGCUUUUGGUACUGAAGUCUUGUUUCUCAUCGCAGAAUUGAUUCAGAAGUUUAAUGUAGAAUUUGAUACUUUGCAAAUACCGGAUAAGUUUCAAUUCAGCGUGACUACUUUUGAUUCAUUUCCCUCAGAGCUACAAGCUAAGUUGCUCUUUUUGGUUUUCACUCGUAUUGUGAGCUCACCAUCAACCAACAGUGAUUGGGUUUCAUUUUUGAAGCCUUUACGUAACUUACCUGAGCUGUGUGCCUCGAUAAUCAAUUUUUGUUUAAAAUGCAAUAAAGAACUGUGUCACGAGCUGUGGAAAUUUGUCACAGAUGAAUGGUCUUUUUCUUUGUAUAAAUAUUUAGAAAACGAUGAAACUGAUAAUGUUUUUCGUAUUACAAACCCAGUUUGUCUGCAUACAAAUGCUUCGCUCCAUAUGGAAUCUGGAAAUGAGUUAUUGAAGAAAAUUCUGUCUGUCCUUACGAAAAACUCGAAUUCCGUUAAGGAAAAUGAAGUAGACAAGUACCAUGCAAGGUUGUGGGUCUUGUCAAGAAUCUUAGUCCACUGUUCACCAUGUUCAAUAAUUUCAUUAUCGGAUGUAACUGAUGUAGUAGACUACUUAGUAUCUCAUUGUAACGAUUCUGUUUCCAAUCCCAUGACUUCUAGUAUAUACACCGCGUUCAACUUUUUCGAAGAGGUUUGUCAUCUCUACUGGGGAUCAAAAAAUUCAGCAAUCGAUAAAUUGAUCUUUAAACUUUUUGAUUCACUUUUGACUACAGAUAAUCCAAGAACUUUUUCUACGUUCUCAUUUCAUUUUAUUCACCUUAUCCAAGAAUUAUCUUAUAAAUAUAAUUGUUUAGAUGUGUAUAGAACAUUUUGGGUUUGUCUUUUCAAACUACUGAACAAGGUAAAUGAUCAGAUACUAAAACAAUCUACCAUGUUGUUUGAUUUGUUUAAUAAUGAAGGAUUACUGGAUGUAGCUGUUGCAAUUUUAAAAAUUCUUAGUCGUGAAACAUAUAUAUUAUUGUGGACAAGUGAGUGUAAACUAUUAUUCUCUGUAUUUGUUGAUAGUCUAAUGUUGGGACUUGGUAUCGGUAGUUUUCUAAACGAUGUUCCCUUUCGUGGACUUUCCCUUUCAACCUUUAUUAUCUUCAUUGUCUGUGAGUAUCGUAAUAACAACACAAGUCCACAUUCAAAGCACCAAGCUCGUUCAUCUGAAUGGGCCUGGAAAUCGUAUGAUUAUCUUAUAGAUUUUGAUCUAAUGGAAUUGACAGAAUCAAAGUUUGUUUCCAAAACACUCUGGAAUACUGUCAAUUAUCUUGAGGAGGAAUCUGAAAAAUAUUCAAUUGAUCUAUGGAAAAAUAUUCUGUCAUCAAUUACGAUGAAAUGGAAGACAAAUCUUGGUGAAGAUUACUGGUUAUCUAUACAAAAGUCACCUCUCAUAAAUUAUUGUCCUGAUUGUAAAGAGAAUAUUGGAGAAUUAUUAGAUGAUAUAAUUAUUUCAAGUACCAGUAAUGUAAUCGCUGAUUGUACAGAGGGUUAA